GCAGGAGUGGAAACUGGAGCAACUGCGGACGCUGCCAUGGCGCGCUCCCAUUGGCCGGCGGGCCCGCGCCGCACGCCCAUUGGCCAGAGCGCCGGCGCGGCGGGUAACUGCUGCGGAGCUCGUGGCGGGCGGGGCCGCGGCCAUGGCGUCGUUCGCUGCUGAGGAGUCGGGCGAGGAGCCGGUCGCGGGGCCCAGUCGGCAGCUGCCGCUGUGCAGCUGGGGGGAGGGCACAGGGGGGGACGCCGCCCCGCUGCCGGCCCAGUGCUCGUCCCAAGUGGGCACUAUGAAGCGGAGGGACACAGUGGCGCUGUACUGCGACCAGCUGCUGCGGGGCUGCCGGGCAGAAGAUGCUAAUGAGGCAAUGAGUAAGUACCUUUUGGAAAAACUGAAAGUAAAAGAGAAAUGGCUUGGAAUCUGGAAAACCAAUCCAGAGCUCUUCUUUAUCAAUUUUGAGGAUGUCAUUAUACCUUUUGUUGGAGUACUUGUUGAGGUUACUUGGAAACCACCUCAGAGCUCCUCUAACUUCAAAGCGUCUAUAUCCGUUGCUGAGCCAUUUUCCUCUAAUAUUGCAAAUAUUCCAAGAGAGCUGGUUGAUAAUGUUUUAGAGGAAUUGGACCACUGUGUACCUCUGUUGGAAGUCUACCCUGUUGAGGGACAGGAUACUGCAGUAUUUGAUAUUGCCCAGGCUUUGGAUGUUGUGAGGUUUUUCUAUGACUUCCUUUGGAGAGACUGGGAUGAUGAUGAAAGCUGUGAGACCUAUGCAUCUCUGAUAGAAGAAAGAAUUAAAAUUUGGUGCGAUAUUGAGAGCGGGAUUAUUCCUGCUACAGUUGGUCAUCGUUUUAGGAAACAUCUGGAGAAGUAUAAGAACAUGCAUUUGGAAUUGGUUCAGUAUCAAAGCAAUAUUAAAGAAGAACCUUCAGCAGAAGAAGCUGUUGAAUGCUGGAAAAAAUACUAUGAGUUAGUAAUGCUAUGUGGACUGCUGAAAAUAUGGGAGGACCUACGUCUCAGAGCCCAUGGACCUCUGACACCAAGGAUACUAAGACGUAGAAAAGGAUACAGAAGUGAUGGAAAACCUGUAACUCAUAUUGUAGCUAAAACAAUGACAGCAGAAAUGGUUAAAGAUUUUUCUGUUGAUGCACUGAUUCAACAACAUGAUAAUUUAAACUUGGCUUUGGACAGCUGUUACAGUGGAGACAAUGUGGUCAUUUUCCCAGGAAAAUAUAAGGCUGUGAACCUUUCAAUGUUAACUGAAGAUAUUAUUAUUAAAGGAGUUGGAAGACCAGAAGAAAUUGUGAUUUUUUCAGAACCUACUCAUGAAAGCUUUGUGGUAUCAAAAGGUCAAAAUGUGAAACUAAUGCACCUUACUUUGGUACAGCAAGGGACAAUUGAUGGUAUUGUAGUUGUUGAAUCUGGUCACAUGACUUUAGUAAACUGUAUAUUGAAGUGUGAAGGAACUGGAGUCUGCGUACUUACUGGAGCUUCACUGACUAUUACAGACAGUGAGAUCACUGGAGCUCAGGGUGCUGGUGUUGAGCUGUACCCAGGUAGCACAGCCAUUCUGGAGGGUAACAAAAUUCACCACUGCAGUAACUUCAACAGCAGCGAGACAUCGCAGGGUACCCUAGGAGGAAUUAAUAUCAAGGUGGUUCCAAUACCCAAGCUGAAGAUGAAAAAUAACCACGUUUAUAGUAACAACGGCCAUGGAGUGACCAUCCUUCAGCCUACGGACCAGCUCAGUACUGUAGCAGAAGGGAUCCUGGAGUUUACUGCCUCAGGCGAUACAGAGGAAGAUACUGUUUCCAAACUAAUCCAAGACCUGAGCUUGGAGUUGAGCAAUAACACAUUAGAUGACAUUAAGGGUAUCAGUGUGGUUAACAGUUAAACAUGCAGCUGACAUGACAUUUGGUAGUAAAGUUCUGAUUAAAGAAACAGUGCUUCUGAUUUAGGUCAAUGAAACUCUCUUUAAAUUUAAAAGUGACUGAUGUUGCCUUUAUGGAUUAAGUUAGUAUAUCCAGUCCUUAAAGCUGCUCCCCCCCCCCCCCCCAAACCCCAACAAAACAAAACAAAAAACAACCCAAACACAAAACCCAACUCCCUCCUUUGAUUUAAUAACCCAAUUUCAUGGAAGUACUUACUAGGAAAUGUCCCCGUCUUAAUUAAAUCAUAAAAUGAUCUUUUAAAGCUACAUUAGAAGGAAAAGACAAACAUUCAUCCUUAGCUUUUCCUCAACUGCUAGUGCAAAUCUUCCAAUAACAGUGAGGCCUUAAUACAGAACUGUCUUGACCAUGUACCUAGAGCUGCUGUUAGCACAGUUAGACAAACCCUGGCACAUAUUCAUUUCCACUGGUCCUCUUAUUGAAGUUACUAAUGGUACAGCUGCAAAUUUAAGGGGCUUGGCUUUCCCUAUCACUGCAUUAAAAAAAAAUAACAUUUUUUUUCCCCCUACAAGAAAGCCAGUUCAUCUGCAUUGCCUCCACUUCAAGUCCUCAAGUAAAUCACUGUUUCAGUGGUGGUUAAUCAAGGGUUUCAGUCAUCAGCCUUCCCUCCUUUAACAAUUAUGACUUGUUAGUAUUAGGCAAUUUUUGCUGUUCUUGGAAGAAAACAUAAGGUCAGGAUUUCUUAGCAGUAUUCAGAGUACUAAACAGUACAGCAGGUUUUCCCCCCCUCAUAAUUCAUAAACACCCUAGAACAGUGGUUUUCAACCUUUUUUGUACCAAGACCCAUUUGUAAACAUCAGUGGCCAGUUCCAACCCAGUACUCCACACUCCUGACCCACUGCCUACAGGCCUGGCCCCCAGUGUGUGGGGCAUGAUGGGGUAUGCAUGGGCCCUGGGGGUCCCCAAGAAGUCCCUCACAGGUUGGAGCUCUGUUCCCCAGUUUCCCAUUUUUCUUUCUUAAAGGAGAAUCCAUUUUUUAAAAGUUUGUUGAUCCAUUUUUAAAGUUUGUUCAUAACCCUUCCAUAUAUUUUUGUGAUCCACUUUUGGAUCAUGACCCACAGGUUGAGAAAUGCUGCCCUAGAAAACAGAAAUUGAAAAACUUUUAUUCUUUCAGUCAUACCUGGUUUUAAGGUUAUAUAAUCCCCCCAAUAUAGUAUGCAUCUUGUUUUUGAAAGACAUUUUGAAGAAAAUGUUCUUUUCUCCAGAGUCAUGGCUUCAGAGAGCAGGGAAGGUGCCUAAUCUUCAGUUGACUCACCCUCCUUUUCCUGCUAAAAUAAAACUCUUUAACUGCUGCUGACGGCUGGUCUCCAUGGGUAGACCUCUCUAAUCUUGAAAAGAGCUAAAGAGCUGUGAAACAGAAGAGACCAGAAACCCUAGCAGACAGCAAAGCUCCCCUAGAAAAGGUUAGCUUCAUUGGCAGACCCUGAAAAUCAUUAAAAAGGACAAAUGAUCUUUAACAGCUGUGAAGAACAAUGGGCAAUUAACUCAAUAUUAAUGGGCUGCUGAUUCCCAGCUGCCUGAAGAGUAAUACCAGAGCUACUGCCUGGUGGAGCAGGGAUCAAAGCAGUGUGCUUCUAUCUCCAGGAAGGAAUCAGCCCUGGCCCAUGCCAUCACUGCCCCAAGAUCUCAGCCACCGGCCCCAAACGCAGCUAAUCCAACCCAGGUGGCCCCAUCCUAUCCACCCAGCUGGUCUCCAUGGAUACUCUGAGAUUGAGGGGCUGUGACAACAUGGGGUUGAGGAAAAGCUGCAAUCUGCCCAUCGUGGCUCUGACCCGGCCCCUCCACCCCCACCUCAGAGUCUCCUUGGAGAUGGGUCAGGAGCCAGAUAGGCAGGGCACACAGGAUGGGGCCUUGGGCAGCCAGGGAGCUGCAUUUGAGGCUGUGAACUUUGGGCAGUGACACCACCAGGCAGAGCCCUGAUCUGCUCCCUGCAUGCCCCUGCCGCCAGAACCAGUGCCUGUUGCAGGGCCGUGGGGGGCAGAUUGCGGCUCCUACACUGUCACCACCCCAAGAUUCCAGGGUCUUCCUGGCCCUGCCCACCCGUCUUGCUCCCAGACACUGCUCCCUGCCUGCCUGCAGCCUUUGGCACUCAUAAAGCCAUUGAAACAGGACCUAUUUGUAAGUGCAUUUUGCAGGGAAAAAAAACUUCCCCACAUGUUAGUAUCUUUGAGCUCAAGUCCUAUGAUUUCAAGUCUCUGCUUUGGCACUAAAUUUUGUUUUGUCCAUUCACUGUUAUCUCUGCCUUCAGCAACAGCUACCUGUAAGCUGUAGGAG